ACAAAGGUACAGAGGCCGAGAGAUGAUGGAAUGUUCAUCUGUAUAUUUUGUGUUCGUUCCUGUACUCAAACAGACCGACCCUGAAAACAACGAUUACAGAAUUGAAAGUGGUGCAACGAGAAACUUUCAGGUGUUAGAGAACCCAAAAAGGGGCCUAAAAGAUGGAGAUGGAACUUCUAGAGAACCUGCAGGAGCAGAAUUAGCUGAAUCAGCGACAGGCUCGGGUGGAUUUGAGUCCAUGCUGCAGCAGUCCAGUGAGCUGGAGAAGAGAUGGAAGGAACAGAAGCAGGAGGAGAUUGAGAGAGAACUUUAAGAAAUGCUGGAGAUGGCGCGGACGAAAAGGCUGAAGGAUUCG